UGACUUUAAAGGGGUGGUGGUUGACGGCGAGGUAGCGCUGAUAGUCUACGUUAAAUUUAGUCGUUCGGCAUCUGCGUGCAUCGUGCAUCCCGGAGCCCUUUCCGCCUUUUCUGCUGCUUUUCUUUUCUAAGUGCGGUCUCAGCCUCGGUCCAGACCUUUACCCCCUCCACCACCACCACCACCACCCGCACCCCCGGAGAGCUGUGCGUGUCAGCCGCUACACCCUGCUCGCAGCGAUGGGAGAAGCCGAGACGCGCCAGAAACUGCUGCGCAGUGUUAAAAAGGAGGUUAAGCAAAUUAUGGAGGAGGCUGUAACCAGGAAAUUCGUUCACGCUGACAGCAGCCACAUUAUAUCCUUCUGUGCCGUGGUGGAGGCGUGUGUGCUCCAUGGACUUAAGCGCCGUAUUGCAGGCCUGCUGUGCAGUAAUAAGGUUGCGGCACUUUUCAUGAAAGUGGCAAAGAGCUUUUCGCCCGCUGAGGAGCUCUGCCACAAGGUCCAGGAGCUGGAGCAGCUCAUUGAAAACAGCAAACAGAACAAUUCCUCACUGGGUAACGACCGCAGUCGACAAUCCAAGUUGGCCAGCCUCCCCCCGCAGGCGCUGAGACAUCUGUGGAUCCGAACUGCUUUGAUGGAAAAGCUCCUGGACAAGAUUGUCCUGUACCUGGUAGAAAACAGCAGUGCGUUCUAUGAGAAAGAAGCUAUGAUGAUGGAUCCUGUGGACGGGCCAAUUCUGGCAUCCCUGCUGGUUGGCCCCUGCGCUUUGGAGUACACCAAAGUGAAGACAGCAGAUCAUUUCUGGACGGAUCCAUCUGCCGAUGAGCUCGUACAGCGGCAUCGCAUCCACAGCGGACACUGUCGGCAGGAUUCGCCCUCCAGAAGACCUGCACUGAUCCAGAAGAGACAGUCCAGCGGGAGCAUGGACGACCGUCCCCUCAUGUGGGUGAGAGAGUACGUCGAAUCGCUGCACCAAAACUCCAGGGCCACGCUUCUGUUUGGGAAGAACAACGUCCUGGUGCAGCCGAGAGAUGACAUGGAGGCGAUACCAGGCUACCUUUCUCUGCAUCAGACUGCAGACGUCAUGACACUGAAAUGGACCCCGAAUCAGCUGAUGAACGGCAACGUCGGGGAGCUGGAUUCUGAAAAAAGUGUUUAUUGGGAUUAUGCAAUGACAAUUCGUUUAGAGGAGAUUGUGUAUCUCCACUGCCAUCAACAAGUGAACAGUGGUGGGACGGUAGUUUUGGUGAGUCAGGAUGGGAUCCAGAGACCUCCUCUGCAUUUCCCUAAAGGAGGCCACCUGCUGCAGUUCCUCACCUGCCUGGAGACGGGCCUGCUGCCUCACGGACAGCUGGAUCCUCCACUUUGGAAUCAGAGGGGAAAGGGAAAGGUUUUCCCGAAACUGCGAAAGCGAAGCCCGCACGGUUCCUGUGAUUCCGUAUCAGAUAAGGAGGACGAAGAAGCCACUGAUUAUGUGUUCAGGAUUCUCUUUCCCGGCAAUCAGAUGGAAUUCAUGGCUCUCGAGCUGAUGGAUCAGGGCGUUAAUAUGUGGCAACCGACGCCCAGAAAGUCCUCCUGCUCUUCCUGCUCACAGAACGGCUCCUCUGAUGGCUCUCUGCCUAAUGGCUGUAAUCAGGAAAGAGCUCCAUUAAAGCUUCUCUGUGACACCAUGAAAUACCAAAUAAUCUCCCGUGCGUUCUACGGCUGGCUUGCGUACUGCCGUCAUCUGUCCACAGUCCGGACCCACCUUUCAGCGCUGGUCAACACCACUAUAGUUGACCCCGACGCCCCCCGUGACGCUCGUGGAGGCCUCUCGGUGGAGGUCUGGGACCGUUUCCUCAAAGACAGCUCUGCCUAUGAGGAAGAGGAGAUACACCGACUUGUGUAUUUUGGCGGCGUGGCGCCUUCACUGAGGAAAGAAGUCUGGCCCUUCCUGUUGGGACAUUAUCAGUUCACGAUGACUGAAAAAUGCCGGCUGGAGCUCGACCAGCAGAUGCGGAAUAUGUAUGAGCAGACGAUGAAGGAGUGGCAGGGCUGCGAGGCCAUCGUCCGUCAGAGGGAGAGGGAGAAACAUGCCGAGGCCCUCGCCAGAUGUUCCUCUGGAGCCAGCGUGGAAAGAGGACCUGUUCAGCGGGACUCCACCAUCAGCACAGACUCGUCUUUAAGUAGCAACUCACACAGUGACUCCAGCAGCAGCGCACAGGUGUUCGAAUCGGCUGAAGCAAUGGACGAGGUUGAUGCAGAGUCCAGGGCCGAGGAUGGAGAGCCACAGCGCGGUAUUGCUGUGAACGUGACCUCAAACGAGACUUCAGAAAACCCACAGCUUCCCUCAGGUCUUUCAAAUCAAGGCGCUUCGGGUUUAGACAGCAUCGCUCCUGCCACCGAGGGCACUGCCGAGUCUGAAGCUUCCCGGCACACAGUAGAAUCGUCAGACGUCUUCACUGAAGAAAUUCCAGCUGAGUCGCAGCCAGAGAAGAGCGAGCUCGUGACAUGCGAAUCCGGAGGGGAGGAUAUGAAGGACCCCGUCUUGAAUGAUCAGUCUGCGAUUGAAAAGAUGGAGACGGUUUCAGAGAGCGAAGACGUUCAGGAAGCUGGAAUCAUUAAGUCAAAAGAGACACCUGAGCCUGAAAAAAUCGAAGUAGUGGAAGGAAAGGAUGUAUCGGCAGAUGAACUGACGGGAGCAGUAGACACAAAUAUGAAUUUGAAAUCUGCCCCAGAGAGCACCAACGUUCUGAAGCUGGAACGAGAGAUUCAUAACGAAUACUUCCAGGCGCCUCCACUUGGACAGACUCUUCAAACACAGAAAGGCAAAGAUAUGGAGAAAGAACCUUCUUGUCUUACUGCGGCAGAAAAAGCUGAUGCAUCACCGAGUGAAAAAACUACUGAGAGUUCAAAAACCCCAGAAGCAACGUCCGAAAAAUCCCCUUCAAAAAUGAUCAAGGACCGCGCUGCGGAGUCGGAAACUAAAGAUGCUGAAGUCACCGUUAGUGAUUUUGCUGAAACCAAAAAACCGACAGAUAUUGAGAAACCAGGUUCAAAUUCUCCAGUCAGGCAGGUGCUGAACGCUCUCCAGUCGGCGUCGAGGGGGAGCCUGUCGCUGUCGUCCCACUCCCGCCAGUCUCCAGACACGGCCGACUCGGACGACUCGCCUUCUGCCUUGGAAAUGGAGGACAUCCCUGCGGGGAUCACAUGCGUCACCUCAGAGGACAUCAAGGCCCGGCCUUUGGUCGGCCUGGCCGCGCCCCCCCUCUCCCUGGCGCAGAGGCAGAAGAUGGCGGCCGAGGACCACGCCGCUCCCGACCACCACCUGGACACGGCCUGCAACACCAGCCCGGAGGGAACCGAUCUGGGUCUGUCGGAGGACGAGCCCGAGAUGGAGAACGCGCUCGCCGAGCCGGAGUGCGCAGAGGCGGGAGGAGACGCCAAGUACGACGAGUCGUCAGAGGAGCAAACCUACUCUCAAGAAACUCUGGACAUGUACCUGAUCAACUUGCACCGUAUUGACAAAGACGUCAGGCGCUGCGACAGGACGUACUGGUACUUCACCCAGGAGAAUCUGGACAAGCUGCGUAACAUCAUGUGCAGUUACGUGUGGCAGCAUCUGGAUACCGGCUACGUUCAGGGCAUGUGUGACCUGCUGGCCCCUCUGCUGGUCAUUCUGGACGAUGAGGUGAUGGCCUUCAGCUGCUUCACGGAGCUGAUGAAGAGGAUGAAUCAGAAUUUUCCUCAUGGCGGCGCCAUGGACUCUCAUUUUGCAAAUAUGCGUUCUCUCAUCCAGAUCCUGGACUCGGAGCUGUUUGAACUGAUGCAGCAGAACGGCGACUACACCCACUUCUACUUCUGCUACCGCUGGUUUCUGCUGGAUUUCAAAAGAGAAAUGGUGUAUGACGACGUGUUCUCCGUGUGGGAAACCAUCUGGGCGGCCAAACACACCUCCUCGGAGCACUUUGUGCUCUUCAUCGCUCUGGCGCUGGUGGAGAUGUAUAGAGACAUUAUAUUAGAGAACAACAUGGACUUCACGGACAUCAUCAAGUUCUUUAAUGAAAUGGCCGAGCGGCACAACGUCCCGCAGGUGCUGAUGAUGGCCCGAGACCUGGUCCACAAAGUGCAGACCCUCAUUGAAAACAAGUGAUGCUGAUUUGCUCCCCGUCAUUUCGAUGUGCCGAUUUGUUUCAAAAGAUCAGGACGCACCCACGUACUCGUCACGUAAUCAAGAGAAAAAGAAUCUGUGUUGAUGAAAAGCAGUGAUUGGCGAGUGCUGAAUAGAUAGCUGGUCAUUAACGCUGCUUGUUAUUUAUAAGACAGUUGUAGAACAACUCUGUUGCUCCUCUCUAUAUUCAGGAGAUGUUAUUAUUGCCAGUGAAAUUAUUUUUCAAGUGUUAUUGUUCACCUAGUGAAUGUACCCUUGUUGAAACUGCUUCAGGAUGUUGUUUGUUUUGCCUUAAAGAUUCGCUAUUUUUUCAGGGAUACAGCAACCAAAUUCGUCACUGCAUUAAUAUUCCACAAAAAUUCAUUUUUUUUGUUAUGUUCUGGUUAUAUUUGGAGUUUUCCUCAAUAUUAACAAAGCUGAAAGUGUAGCUGCCAUAAGUUAACGUAUUUUGUUAAAUAUUUAUUUCCAGUAGUAGCAUCUGGUAUCUUUAGAUCAUUUGGAAACAUUAGUGGUGGAACUAGAAGUUUUGGUCACUGCCUGGUGAAUAUUGUGUCGUCACUUGUUUGCUUCCUAAGAUCAGAGGACCACACACUCGCCUAUUUCGUACAGCUUUCUCUGAUGGAUGCACAUUUGAAGGAAACAAAGAUCUGAAGCUGAACACUCAAGCACUAUUCCACAUUGACUGCACAUACAGCAUUUUCAUUUCGUACACUAAAGUUGUUGCAAUAGUAAUUCUAUUACUAUGACCUUUUUCUACACUUGGUGAAGUUUACCGCUUCAGCCUCUCUCUCACUGGGCUACAAAGAAUAGCGUUCAGACAUUGUGCCAGACUUUCCAGAACAUCCUGAAACAUCAGGUGGGUGAAUCCCAUUGCGGGAAUCGCAGGUCCUCCUCAAUUUCUAAAACUCUGCACACUUUUUUUAAUUGCAAAAUAGUCUCAUAGUUUCCACAGAUGUCUCACGCUCCUCAAGAAUCAACCUCUGAUUAGUUUUCUCAAAUCAGAAAAAGAGAGAAAUGAUCCUUUAGCAUUUAAAUCUGGUCUUCAUGCAGGUUAACUGUUUAUUCUCUCAAUUGAAAUUCACAUUGCUCCAUUGUAGGAUGAUGAAUUUAGAGUGAUAGCUAUAAUGAAUCAAAAAGUAUUCCCACUUUUGUUUUCUCCAACUAGUCCCGAUGUGCCGCAGCAGAGUGAAGGGGUUAUUAUAUUCAGUAGUCCACUUCGGAUAUAUUAAGUUGUCUGUUUUUAUCCAUCAAGCCAACUUGUGCUCAUUUUUAUCAUUUUUAUCUGGUGUCCUGAUUGUAUUGCUGCAGGAAAUUAAUUUACCCAGAAAGCCAAUCAAGUUGAUGUUCCCACAGGUUCUUCACAGCCAG